GCCAAUCAAUAGAGCCCUCUGAUAUGGAUAACAAAUAUCCACACUUUCAGUAUAACAACAAGAGCUGAAAAAUAGAGGGGUUCUUCUCUCCCCCAUCAAUCACGUGUGCAGGAUCAUGGCUGGCAUGGGUAAGCUGCGUGUGGCUGUAGUGGGCGCAGGAGCGGCGGGUCUGUGCGCCGCACGUCAUCUCCUGGCACGUCAGGACCUUUUCGCACCGCCGGUGCUCUUCGAGAUCACGAAGCACGUGGGAGGAACGUGGGUUUACGAAGAGCGUGUUGGUCACUAUGACAACGGCCUGCCCAUCCAGAGCAGCAUGUACAGGGACCUCAGAACCAAUAUUCCAAAAGAGGUCAUGUCAUUUCCUGAUUUCCCCUUUGCAAAGCAUCUUCCUUCGUUUGUCCAUCACACAGAAGUGCGCAAAUACCUUGAGCAGUACUGUGACCAUUUCCGCCUCUGGGACCACAUCAGGUUUGACACGACUGUAGAUGCAGUGGACCCAGUGAAAGUGAAGGGUGGCUGGAAAGGUUUAGCAUGGGACAUUACCAGCAGUGACGGUGUAGACCAGAGCAAAUCCACUAAGGAGCGCUUUGAUGCUGUUAUGGUGUGUAAUGGGCACUUCUAUGACCCAUACAUCCCUGCUAUACCUGGGUUGGAGAAGUACAAAGGUAUGUUGAUGCAUAGCCAUGAUUAUCGGAGUGCAGAGCCCUUCGCAGACAAGUCAGUGGUGGUACUUGGUGCUGGUCUUUCAGGACUGGACAUUGCAAUGGAACUAGCCAAUGUCAAUGCUAAGGUGAUCCUGAGUCAUGGUCAGAAGCCCCUGACUUGCCCCAUGCCAAAAGGAGUGGAACAGGCUCCUCCAGUAAGAAAAGUGUUGGAUGAUGGCACUCUGCAAUUUCAGAAUGGAGAGCAAGCAGAGCCCGAGGUGUUUAUGCUCUGCACAGGCUACAACUUCCUCUUCCCUUUUUUAAAUGAGCAAGUCGGGGUGCGGGUGAAAGAGCACUUGGUCUAUCCUCUUUACAAGUUUCUGAUACCUCCUGCCUAUCCAUCACUCUUCAUUGUUGGCAUCUGCAGAGCCAUAUGCCCUUUUCCACACUUCCAUGUACAGUCUCAGUUUGUGAUCUCUGUGCUGGAUGGAUCAUUCUCUCUUCCCACACGUGAAGAUAUGGAAGAAGACAUUGAAUUAGACAUGGCUGCACGUCGAGCUCGUGGUGUCGCCACCCGACAUAUUUUGAAACUGGACUCUGAACAGUGGGCCUAUAAUGACCAUUUAGCCCAACUGGGUGGCUUCCAGCCUCUUCCUCGCUACUGGGCAAACCUAUAUGAAUCCAACAAAGUUUUCCGUGCCCGGGAUAUGCUCAACUACAAAACCUACAACUACAAUAUACUCAAUGAGACAGAGUGGAUGGUGCAGAAUCUGCAAGGGCAACAGCUGCAGAAACCACAAAUUACACAUAUAUAAUUAGAGUAUUGAAGUAAGAGUAGAGUAGAAUAAUGUGCACCCUUUAAUUGAAACUGAAUGUAGUAACGUAGUGUUAUAUUUGUGUUACAAUGAAGAAUUAGUACUUCCUGACCACAAAUCCUAAAUACUGAUGCCAUUUGAGUAAUCGUAACUCCUCACGGCCUGGCGCUACAAAACCAUCACAGCACAGAAUGCUGUUAAAUAAUAGAGUCAGAAUCACUUUAAGCAUUCUCUCGAAAGGUUCAUAUAUAACUUUAUUAUAUUGCUUAAUAUCUGGUCCAUAUACAUAAACACAAAAAAAUUAAAUAAUAAUUAUAAUAAUAAUAAAAAUUUGUUUAGCUGCAGUUCUAGUUUUACGUAUACUUUUCACUUCAUGGUGCUUAAAAAACUAUUAAAUUUCACUGGUUACAUACAUGUGUUGUAACUCUAUGUUAAGCAAUAAAGGCAUUAUCAUGUUUUUUUUUUUAACCAGAA